GAGAAAAUUUCACACUCUGAAAAAAAGAAAUAAAAUAAGAUUAAAGCUUCACUUUAAUAUUUUUUAAAUUAACAAAACAAAUUAAAAAAUUAAGUCAGGGAAUACAGCUUCUACUUUAUUUAUUGAGAUUCAAAACAAAAUGUUAGAAUCUUUGAUUAAAAUCUAAAAGAUUUAUUGAACAUAUGUUCUAAUAACUUUCAAGGAUACAUGUUACAUACAAUUUGUAAAUUUAAUAGUAAUGUUAUGUUAGGAAAACUAUACCUCAGCCUCGGGAUAUGCGUCAAACUCCUUUAUGACAGCAAGAGAAAUGGAAUCAACAAGGGUCAAAAUGUUGUCUUUAUUUGUAAUAAACUUUCGACCAUCGCAGGAAACCUCAAAAAUACCACCCUCCUGUCAGGGGUUGCCUACAUUUUUCACCAAGCUAAAAGAGACGUUUCAUCCGGUGUUCAAGCCAAAAAUAUGGAUCCCGAAAGGCAAUUUUUUGUUGGAGGAAACUGGAAAAUGAAUGGAAGCAGGAGAGAAAUUGAAGAUCUGUUGAAGAAUUUAGAAAAGGCAGAUUUGAACCCAGAAGUUGAGGUUAUAGUGGCUCCUCCUUCAGUAUAUUUGGAAUUUUCUAAGUGUAGAGUGCCAAAGAAUAUUAUGUUGGCUGCUCAAAAUUGCUUCAAAGUUGCCAAAGGAGCAUUUACAGGUGAAAUAAGUCCAGCUAUGCUGAAAGAUAUUGGGAUUGAGUGGGUUAUCUUAGGGCAUUCUGAGAGGCGCCACAUUUUUUGUGAAACAGAUACACUCAUAUGUGAAAAGGUUAAUCAUUCCCGGUCUGAAGGUUUAUGUGUGAUAGCAUGUGUAGGUGAGAAAUUGGAAGAAAGGGAAGCUGGUAAAACUCAAGAAGUUAUUUCUCAACAAAUGAAAAGUAUUGCUGAGGGUGUCAAAGAUUGGUCUGGAGUUGUGAUUGCAUAUGAACCAGUAUGGGCUAUCGGCACAGGGAAAACAGCAACCCCCGACCAGGCUCAGGAAGUACAUUGCAGAAUACGUGAAUGGCUCAAAGAGAAUGUGUCACCCACUGUUGCUGCAUGUACACGCAUUAUUUAUGGAGGUUCUGUUACAGGAAAAAAUUGUCGUGAACUUGCAAAACAGUGUGAUGUUGAUGGUUUUCUUGUUGGUGGCGCUUCGCUAAAACCUGAAUUUAUUGAUAUUAUCAAUGCUACAAAACAAAAGUAGUAACCUCAUAUUUUAUUUAUGAAAGGUUACAUUAUCCUAAAUAAAAAUUGAAAUUAAAACUGCAUUUUUAAUAUAUUUAUAUAUAUUUUUUUAUAUUCAAUCAAAGCCAUAGUUGAAAUACUCAUUAAAAAGCGAUAGAAAUAUUGAUUUAAUUUAUGCAAAAUAUAAUUUCCAAUAAUCUUCUAAAAUAACAAUGAGUUCUGUAUAUCAAAAGAAAAUUAUUUUCUUUGUUGACUUCAAAAUAGGUGAAAACUUGUAACAUUUUAUAUUAUUUACAAUUCACUCUUAAAUUGAAAUGUUAGCUAUUGAAUGGGGUAUAGUACCUAAUUUUUUUUUAACUCGACCUUUCAAUCAAUUAAGCAGAUAAGUGCAAUUUUUCAUUUAAAAAGUUACCAUAAUAAUGAUUGAUUUCUAAAAAUUACUACAAAUUAAAUAUUUAUUUAUUUAUUGUAAACCAUUUAAAAGUAUGUAAAAAAUUGUAAAUUUUUAUUUCCUGAAAGUUCAGCAGUACAUCUUUGUUCAACUUUAUCCUUGUUAUAAACAAAUUUAUGAAUUACUGAUGUGAAAACUAGGAUAAUUUUUUUUUUAAUGCUAAUUAUUUAUAGUACCAAUAUUUUAGUGCCAUAUCACCUAAUUUAUUUUAUAUUUUAGAAAUUAUUUUAUAUUAAAAAAGAAAGUUAAUUACUUUAAUGAAACUACAAGAUUCUUUUUAAAAAAAUAUUCAAAAUGUGAACAGAUAAUGAAAUAUAUUUUGUAUCAUACUAAUUUUCAAUCAUCUAUCAUGGUACGAUUGUUACUAUCAAUUAAAUGAAACUUCUAUUAAGAUUAGUGUAUUAGAAAUUUACUUAUAUUAUUCCAUUUUAUGCCUUAUCUUCUUUUGUUUUUAUCUCUAAAAAGUUAUUAGUAGUGUUCGAGAAGAACUGUUUUAAAUGAACACAUAAUGUAGAAUCUGGUUAUUUGUAUAUUUUCUUAAGCUUCAGUCUUUUUUGAAGAGAAGUAAAGAAAUAUAUUUUUUUAAAAACCCAGGACAGUUCUCUUAGUUUGAAAAAUGUAUUGACAUUAAUAAAAGGCUGAUUUGUUUUACAUUUUGUGAUAAAAUAGUACAGUAAUUUAUUUUUAUACAAUAACCUUUCUUUUUUUUU